CUGCACUUCUGUGAUUCUGUGAUUCAUGUGAAUUAUUACCCUCAUUUUCAGGUUAUUUCUUUCUCAUGUCAGUCCUCUGUUGGUACAAGCUUUCAGGACAGAAAUGAAGCUGAGAAAAUCAUCUCGUGAGAAAUACGUUCCUCUCAGUUACUAUGAAAUUUUGUUUGUUUCUCUGCUUGCACUUUUGAUGUGUGUUUGUGUGGGGCUGAUUGCACUUUCAUGGUUAACAAUCAAGGAGUUAAAACAAGCUCAAACUUCUGGAAAUAGCCAAGGCUACACAGGAACAUUUAAAAUAAUUUCUGGGACAUCAUUCACUCCUGCUUUGCAAGAUAAAUCAUCAGGGGACUUCAAAGUCCUUGCUUUUGAUGUUGAACACCUGAUACAAGAAAUCUUUCAAGCAAGUGAUCUGAGAAAUAAAUUUGAGAGAUGUGAAAUUUUCCAGUUCAAGAACCCUGAAGAAGGUAAUGAAAUCUUGAAGACAUCUGAAACAGGUGUUGUUGUGAUCUUCGGCCUCUAUCUUACCCAGGGAAUAACAGCUGAGAAAAUAAAGAAUGAGUUACUUUCAGGUAUCAACUCAGAUGCAACUGAUCUUUCUCAGACCUUGAAAAUUGAUGUGAACAGCAUACAAAUCACAGUUGUUGCUGAAAAUCCUGCUACUACAAUACUGCCUUUAACUUCAUCAGGUUCAGAACAACUCACAACAAGCAAGGCUGCUAUAACUUCAGUUGAGUGCUUGCCGCCUGCUGAAAUUUGUGAUGAUGGAGUAACCUGCAUUGGAAAGGAUUUAUUUUGUGAUGGAAUCUUGGACUGCCCAGAUGGUUCAGAUGAAUCUGAAAAAAGAUGUGCUGCGAUUUGUGAUGGAAAAUUCAUGCUGACUGAUUCCUCUGGGUCUUUUCACUCUAUGAAUUAUCCAAAACCAUAUAAUGCAAAUAUUGUUUGCCAGUGGAUUAUACUAGUGCCUCAAGGAUUAUCCAUUAAGGUGAACUUCACUUCUUUUGAUACAGAGGAGUAUAUGGACAAUUUAAACAUUUUUGAAGGUAUAGGACAAAACAAGACUUUAAGAGCUUCUCUCUCAGGGUCUAAUCCUGAGACAGUUCACAUUUUUUCUCAUGAGGUUACAGCCAGGUUUACAUCUGAUUAUUCUGUAAACUACAAUGGCUUUAAUGCAACAUACACUGCUUUUAAUGCAAGUGAACUAAAAAAUUUUGAGAAAGUCAGUUGCACUUUUGAAGAUGGCUUUUGUUACUGGAUACAAGAUUUAGAUGAUGAUUUAGACUGGGAAAGAUAUCAGGGCCCUACCUUUCCCUUUUUGAGUGGUCCUGAUUUUGAUCAUACAUUUGGCAAUGAGUCAGGAUUCUAUAUUUCAACACCCUCAGGACUUGGAGUUGAAGGAGGAAGAGUUCGACUUCAAAGUUUGCCUUUGAUCCCCUCAGAUCCAUCUUGUCUAAGUUUUUGGUAUUACAUGUGCAGUCCUAACAUUUACCGUUUAUGCGUUAACGUAAGAAGUGAAUAUGGUCUUGAAAAGGUAAUUUUCCAGAAAGAAGGAAACUAUGGAAAAAACUGGGUUUACGGACAAGUAACUUUAAAUGAAACAUCUGAUUUUAAGGUUAUAUUUGAUGCCUUUACAAAGAUUGCUCCAAGUGAAAUUGCCUUGGAUGAUAUUAGCCUGACAGAGGGAAAGUGUAAUGAAAGCAAUUAUGUAGAGCCAACUGCACUUCCAAUUGCCACUACUACUGCUUCAGUUCCCACUGACUGUGGGGGUCCAGUUGAACUCUGGGAGCCAAACAAUACAUUCAGCUCUAAAAACUUUCCAAACAAUUAUCCUAAUCAAGCUUCUUGUGUAUGGUACUUAAAUGCUGAAAAAGGAAAAAACAUUCAACUUCAUUUUCAGGUUUUUGAUCUGGAAAAUAUUUAUGAUGUUGUUGAAGUCAGAGAUGGCAGAGGACAAGAUUCCUUACUUUUGGCUGUCUAUACAGGAAACGACCCAUUGCCUGAUGUCUUCUCUACAACAAACCAGAUGACAGUAACUCUUUUUACGGACGAGAUUGCAACAGGCAAGGGAUUUCUUGCAAACUUUACUACUGGCUACAAUCUAGGAGCUUGUGCACCUGAAGAAUAUCAGUGUCGUAGUGGAGAGUGCAUACUAUUGGAUAACCUUUGUGAUAAGCUACCUCAGUGUGAAGAUGGCUCUGAUGAAGAAAAAUGCAUGAGAUUGCUUAAUGGUUCUGCAAGCACUGAAGGACUGGUACAGGUCAGGAUCGGGAAGGUAUGGCACCUGGCAUGUGCAGCUGAUUGGAAUGAAAAGAUUUCAGACAGUGUUUGCCAGCAGCUGGGAUUAGGGAAUUCAAAUAUGUCAUCAACUGUAUUAUUCACUGGAGAUGGUCCAUUUGUCGACGUCACUGAAGUAGCUAAUCAGAGCCUAAUAUUUACAAAAAAAGAACUUUGUUUAAACAACCUGGUGAUUCAUCUGCAGUGUAACAUUAAACCUUGUGGAAAACGCCUGGAAAUUGAGAACAAAGGAACAAGGAUUGUAGGUGGAAGUGAUGCCAGAAGAGAGGCUUGGCCUUGGAUUGUCUCACUCCGUUUUAAUUCCAGACCCGUUUGUGGAGCCUCCCUUGUCAAUGAGGAAUGGCUGGUGACAGCAGCACACUGUGUAUAUGGGAGGCAAUUACAACCAUCUACAUGGAAAGCAGUUCUUGGCUUAUAUGACCAGUCGAAUAUGACAGACACUUUAACGGUAGUUCAAAACAUUGAUCAAAUAGUUAUAAAUCCUCACUAUAACAAACUUACAAAAGACAGUGAUAUUGCUCUGAUGCAUCUUCAGAACAAAGUUCAAUAUACAGAUUACAUACAACCUAUCUGCUUACCGCAAGAAAAUCAACAGUUUCUACCAGGAAUUAACUGUUCCAUUGCUGGCUGGGGUGCUAUUAGAUAUGAAGGUCCCACUUCAAAUAUACUGCAAGAAGCAGAGGUUCCUCUCAUUUUAAAUGAAAAAUGCCAGGAAUGGUUGCCAGAAUAUACUAUUACUGAGAAUAUGAUCUGUGCAGGCUAUGACAUGGGAGGUGUAGAUUCCUGUCAGGGAGAUUCAGGAGGCCCUCUGAUGUCUGAAGAUGGUAAUCAAUGGGUUUUGGUAGGUGUGACAUCAUUUGGCUAUAAGUGUGCAGUUGCCCAACGACCAGGAGUGUACGUUCGGGUCGCUAUGUUUGUGGACUGGAUCCAAAAAAUCAUCUACUACCCUGAUUUUCCUUAACAACAGAAAUCAAAGUUAAAGACUGCAAUUAAGCCGUUGCAGAGCAAUACAGUACAGACUGGCAUUCAAUACUCAUAAUUAGGGAAUCUAAAAAAAAAGUAAUGAUUCAAAUUGCAGUCUGGUUUCAAAUUUAGGAAAGGAAAACAUUGACAAAUAAAAAUUCCUUUCCUUAUCAAUUGAGAGGAAUAUUUCAAAUGAGAUAGAUUUUAUGCUUUUGUUAAUAGUUUUAGCAGUUUACUGUUUGCUUUAUGUAAGAAGUAAAUCAGUCAUCAGUCCAUGGUAUGGGAAAACAGUCUAUAUGAACACCACUGUAUUAAAUGUGUAGUUAGGGUUUUCUAAAGUGUGGCAAGGAGGAAGGAAAGAAGAAGGGCAGAAAGAAGGAAAGAAGAAGGAGAGGGAGGGAGGAAGGAUUUUUAAAGCCACAGAUGCUUUAUGAAAAAUGGUCUAAAUUGUUAAUUUGGGGAUAAAUUGUCAGAAAAAUUGUGAAUUUCAGGAUAAAUGUGAAUUAUUUUUAUGAUUUCCCAAUGUGCAUUUUCAUUUCAAUGCACAGUCAAUUCUUCUCAGUAAUUGCCACAUAUCAAAAUGAAGGUAUAUGUUAUCUGAAACUGGGCUCAUGAGAGUUCUCCUAUCUUGCCUGUUACAAAAAGCUCUAAAAUGAAGUUUGUAGAUUGUGAAUAAUGGUUGAUCAUGUAUCAUGCUGCUUUAUAACAAGCAAACUGAAUGGAUCAUAAAAAUUAUCUCUGGUGUAAUUUGUUUGCUUUUCAGUUUUUCUUUCAUGCAAACCUUCUGGUAAUUAUUCAAAUAAUUAUAGAUAUAUACUUGCAUGGACCUUUGUAGAAACAUGCAGUACUACACUUCCCCUCAUAUAUAUGGUUUAACAACUGACAAUAAUGAGGAUCGGUCAUUCAUGGUGAAUAAAAUGUAAUUAGGGUUCAUUUGAUAUUUCAUGCUUUCUCUAUAAUGAUUUUGUGUUUUGUAUAGAUUCUAUCCUGAUGCCCAUUAACAGAAGUCCAAAUGGUAUAAAAUAUGUAAAAACAAACAAAAGAAAAGCAGUUCUAUUAUAAUAAUUCUUAUUGAAAUACCUUAAAUUCAAUGGUGUUUUAAUGUUAAUGUAAUAUGAUAUAUGUCCUUUAAUUCUGCUUAUAGAUUGUAUAGUAAUUUAAUGUCUUUUUCAUUCUACAGUAUACAUGAAAACACAAAAUGCAUUUUAAUUUACUGCACAUAUGUAUCUACACAUGUACUCGUAGAUGUAUGAUUUUUGUAAGGAGCUUCCAUACUUGUUAUUCACAAUGUUAAAUGCAGAUAUGAAGUGCUCAGAAUACAAGGCAAGCUUACAAACACAGGUUGAUGGUCACUGAGAAAAAAUGUCUUUUGGUCAUCAUAAAUGUCAAGGAAUUAGGUCCAGACCAAAAUGUGCAGUUCCAUCAAUAUAUCUGUGUCCAUAAAUCAGACAGAUGUAAUUAAGCCAGAGAGCAGACUAAAAGUAUCUUAGACUCUUUCAUACAAACUACACAGUGCCAUUGUUGCGAGUUAACUAAAGAUAUUUCAUUUUAUUCUGAAUUCGUUUCUAAACCAUUUGAUUAACAUUUCAGAGCUGCUAACCUUAUCUUCAGUAGUAGUCUUUUUUCUCCUAUUCAUCUCUUUCAUUGGAAAAAAGCCAAUGAAAAUAAAGUGCAUUCUGCUAUCAAGUAUAAAUUGAUGUGGAUGAAGCAAUUACAUUAAAAUACUUAAUUAAAAUGUGACAUGAAUUCAGUAAUAUUUACAAUACAUCACUGUUGUAAAUGGCAUUUCAUUCUGCUAAUGAAAUACAAAAGCCAAAUCAAAGCAGAUUCAGUUACUAGAAGAUCUGGUUCCCAGAAAUACAGUAAUAUCCUUUCAUUUAUGUGUAUUUUUUGCUUCCCAAAAUGCAAAGCAUAGAUUUCGAGAUAUACAUUAAUAAACUAUCACACUGGACUCAAAAAUUUCCCAUUGUAAACUUCUAUCCAGAAGCGUAUAUGUAACAUCCACUAGAUAGUAUAAUUAAAAAUAAAUACUUUAUUUCAACUUAUAUCAGGAUAACCUUUACCAAGCACAUUAUAGCCUUCAUUCAGCAUCCAUUACUUUAGCAUGCCUGUCCCAUAUUAGCCUGUGUUGAAAUCAGCCAUUAAUACAUUAAUAUAUGUGGGCAGCAUGGAUAAUUUUUUAUUUGAGUAAAAGGUCUGAGAUAUUUUAAAAUAGGGUAUAGGAACUUGAUGCUGAUUUACACUUGCACCUGAAAAGAUUAAAGGACUGAAGGAAGCAACAAGAGCUUUCUAUCUGCAAUGCUAUAUACUUGCAAAAGGCCAGAAUCACUAUGGAAAAAAAAGAAAAAUUACAUUUCUUGAGGAAAACGGGGAAUGGAGGCAAGAAGUACAAUGCUUUUUUAGAAUGCCAAAUUGAAGUCAUGAUGUCCAUUUGAGGCCUAGUUAUAUCUUUACUCUUCUUCGUCAAUUCCUUGUCUCACACCUCCUGCGUCAAUUUGUGAGAUUAAGGGUAGAAGCAAGAAUGUGGUCAGCAUGAGCUGACCCAUAGCUGCCUGUAGUUGACAAGCUGCUUUGAAGUAGCUGUGGAUGAUGAAACCUGUCACCUGAAAUUGUUCCUUCCACCAGUUUGUAGAACUUAAUGUAGCAUGAAUUUAAUGUUUGUAGGAUUUAAUGUCCUUCAUGAAUAUGAAGGACAAAGUUUUUAGCUUUUUUUGUGUUUAUUGUUAUUUGUGGGUUUUUUUAAACAGCAAAUCUGUUUUCACUAAUGUACUAUGUCACAUAAAAAUCUGCUUUCCUGGAUUAUCUAAGCCCACCAUAAAUCCAAAGGAAUUCUGCAUGAAGUUCUACAUGUUCUAUCUGCAAAUGUGAAACACUUUUUUUUUUUUUCCUCCUUUCCUCUCUUACUAUUACACCUAUCUCCCUUUGGAAUGCAAAACUAGGGAAAUAAAUAUGAAAUAAUUUGUGUACAUAUGGGAUUUAUUGGUUGUGCAUGCAAAAUAAACACCACCUUAAAGGUGGAACUAACUGA